UUGCUGUUGCUCACACACACACUUACUCGCUCACAGAUUGAUUAUAUCUACUGAUGACAUUUAUUUUUUGUUUUCCUUUACAAGUGAAAAUUUUUUAUUUAAAUUUUCUCAAUAAUCACAAGAAAAACUCGGAAAUCCGUAAAAAGAAAACUUUCAACAAAAUAAUAAACCUAAUUGCAUAUUUGCUGCAUUUAUAUAAAUAUUAAGAAUACUACAUAACAUUAGAGUGCCAAUAAAAAUGUAUCAAUGAAGUGAAAAAUUUGAAAAAAAUAAAAUAAAAUAAAAAAAGACAAUAAGCAAAUGAAAUUUAAUAAUCAGUGGGCGUAAUACUUUGUAAUUAAUAAAUUAUUGUAAUUGUAUUCACAUUAAAUGCAUUAUUGUUUAUUACAAAAAUAAAAAAAAGUCAGUCAAUAUGACCAACUGAAGUUAUACGAAUAUAUGAAUUUGAUGUUAGAAAACGAAAACUGAAUUUUUUUCCUUGUUUGAUAAUCUUUAUUGACUUGUGUGACCCCAUUUAAAUGCUUAUUAUUUGCUGUUUGUAUGUUGAAUGUUCCUUAGAGUUUUCCUCAAAGUAUUGCCGUGCUGCAACAGUAAAGACAUGAGUGCAUCAAAUAAAUUUCUAUCUGCGGAAAAUGGUUUGCGCCAUGAUAAAGUUGCUAUUCUAGAUGCGGGUUCUCAAUACGGAAAGGUUAUUGAUCGUAAAGUACGUGAACUAUUGGUAGAAUCCGAUAUUUUGCCAUUAGAAACACCGGCUGCCACUUUACGCACGUCUGGUUAUCGUGGCAUUAUCAUAUCGGGUGGACCUAAUUCCGUCUAUGCCGAUGAUGCUCCCAAUUAUGAUCCUGAUAUUUUCAAAUUAAAAAUACCUGUAUUGGGUAUUUGUUAUGGCAUGCAAAUGAUUAAUAAAGAAUUUGGUGGUACUGUUCAAAGGAAAAAUGUACGUGAAGAUGGUCAGACAACAAUUGAAGUUGAGACGUCGUGUCCAUUGUUCUACCGUUUGAAUCGCACUCAAACUGUGCUUUUAACUCAUGGCGAUAGUGUGGAACGUGUUGGUGAUAAGUUAAAAGUUGCUGGACGUUCUUCUAGUAAUAUUAUAACUGCCGUUUAUAAUGAAAGCUUGCGGAUAUAUGGUGUACAAUUUCAUCCAGAGGUGGAUCUAACCGUUUGCGGCAAACAAAUGUUGCAAAAUUUCCUAUUCGAUAUAUGCGGUUUAACGCCCAACUUUACCAUGGGCAGUCGUAAAGAGGAAUGUGUUAAAUAUAUUAAAGAUAAAGUUGGCAACAAUAAAGUGUUGUUGCUUGUUAGUGGUGGUGUUGAUUCAUCUGUAUGUGCUGCCUUAUUGCGUCAUGCUUUACAUCCCAGCCAAAUUAUAGCCGUGCAUGUGGACAACGGUUUCAUGCGCAAAGAUGAAAGUGAAAAAGUGGAAAAAUCUUUACGCGAUAUUGGCAUUGAUUUAAUUGUACGCAAGGAAGCCUAUACGUUCCUUAAGGGAACAACUCAAAUCAAAAGACCCGGACAAUUCUCAAUUGUCGAAACGCCCAUGCUAUGUCAGACCAUUAAUCCCGAAGAAAAACGUAAAAUUAUUGGUGACAUUUUUGUAAAGAUUACAAAUGAUGUUGUAGCCGAAUUAAAACUAAAGCCCGAAGAAGUUAUGUUGGCCCAGGGUACCUUAAGGCCAGAUUUAAUUGAGUCUGCCUCAAGUUCGGUUAGCAAGAAAGCCGAUACCAUUAAAACACAUCACAAUGAUACAGAUCUUAUAAGAGAGCUUCGCAAUGCUGGUCGUGUAGUUGAGCCUUUAAGUGAUUUCCACAAGGAUGAAGUUAGAGAAUUAGGUAAUGAUUUAGGUUUACCAGCUGAAUUGGUAGAAAGACAACCAUUCCCUGGUCCAGGUCUAGCCAUACGUAUUUUAUGUGCUGAAGAGCCUUUCAUUGAAAAGGAUUAUUCGGAAACACAAGUUAUUGCCCGUGUUAUAGUCGAUUACAAGAAUAAAUUGGAAAAGAAUCAUGCAUUAAUAAAUCGUGUAACUGGCGCCACCACAGAAACAGAACAAAGAGAACUUAUGCGAAUUUCUUCAAAUUCUCAAAUUCAAGCCACUGUGCUGCCCAUACGUUCUGUUGGUGUACAGGGUGAUGCCCGUACCUAUAGUUAUGUAGUUGGUCUCUCUAGUUCCCAUGAACCCAAUUGGGAUGAUAUGUUAUUCUUAGCCAAAUUAAUACCUCGUAUUUUACAUAAUGUCAAUCGUAUUUGUUAUGUCUUUGGCGAACCGGUUCAAUAUCAAAUCACAGAUAUCACUCAUACCACCCUUAAUAAUUAUGUUAUUAAACAGCUGAGACAGGCCGAUGCUAUAGCUAAUGAUGUUAUAAUGCAAGCUGGACUUUAUCGUAAAAUUUCACAAAUGCCUGUUGUUCUAAUACCUGUACACUUUGAUAGAGAUCCCACAAAUCGUACACCCUCAUGCAGUCGAUCGAUUGUUUUGAGACCAUUCUUAACUAGUGACUUUAUGACUGGAGUGCCGGCUAUUCCAGGUUCCGAACAAUUACCAAUUUCCGUGCUACACAAUAUGGUGCAACAAAUUUCCAAAUUAGAUGGAAUCUCAAGAGUUCUUUAUGAUUUAACAUCAAAACCACCGGGUACAACAGAAUGGGAAUGAUUAAAUCAAAUGUUGUAGAAAAAAUUAAUGAAAGAAACCAACAAAUAACAUGAACAAAUGUUUUAUUUUGUUGUAAAAUAUAUGAUUACAAUAACAAACAGCCAUUAACCAUAAUAACUAGAAAUAAAAAAGAAAAAAACUUUUCAUUUGAAUAUAAAUAAUUUUCUUUUUUAAUACAAAAGAGUAAAAUAACAUCAGA